AUUGAAUAAUAAUUCCGCCAAAUACAAAUUCCUGGAUUCCGCUCUCUCUGUGUUUUGGUUGGAUUCGUGUAAUUCGGUCAUUGCGAAGUACUAUAAUAGCAACACUUCGUUUUCUGUGAUUAAAGCUGGAGUGUCCUGCACGUCGAGCAUUCUUUCUUAGCAAUCAAUAUAUUCGCUUAAAACUUAGAUAAAUCUCAUGGGAUACGGGCGCAGCAAAAGUCUACAAUACCGACACCUGUAUAAUGUUUGUUUGAAAUGGUCAGAUGCUGAGUUAUUUGAGUUGACUAAUGCUUUAGAAAGAGAUAUUUCAUUUUCUUCAUUUGAAUUGGGACAGCUUGUAAGAACGAAAACAUCAACUGAUGUAAGAAGUAUUAUUUUUCAAAGUUCCGCAAGUUAUGUUAUGUUAUUUCCUAUGUUAUUAUAUCACUUUCUUUACAGAAUGGUUAUUGUAUUGUGUUUUUUGGAAUCCAGUAUAAGCUCUAAUUUUGAGUAUUCUCAAUCAGUUGGCAAGAUAUUUUUAUCCUAUUUUCCCUGCUUUUUGAUACUCAUCUACGGUGCUUAUCUGAAAUGUGGGGUUGAUGAAUUUGUGGAGGCUCUAAUGGAUGUAGAUGAAAGUGAGUUGGAAGGUCGAGGCGUUGUAGUUCCUGAGGGAAAACCUGAAGAACCAAUCGAUAUAUUGUUAAGGAGUGCCAGAUACUGUUGCACCGAACGAUACAAUAGUUAUGCAGCAGUGAGUCAGGUUUUACAAAAGCUUUACAGACGGGAAGAAUCAGAUUACCGUGCAGCGCGUAAGAAAUAUCCAAACCCCUCAUACCUACCUCAUGGACAAUUGUAUCGCUUCAUGAUGGCACUGGUAGGUGGACAACCUUUACCAAAUCUAUCUGAUUUGUCUUCUGGCGCCAUCCUGGACUUUCUAACUUGUUUGACCUCUAUCGUUUCCAUAGCCUUCAACGCUGAUGAUGGAAAAGACGAUAAUAAUUCUGCGAGAGAUCCUGUUCCUACCCGAAUGAGGGAACAAAUUACAAAUGUUACAGAAAUGGUCAAACAGAAAGUCGGUGUAUAUAUGGCACUUGUCGGUGCUAUACACGCCAGUUCAUUUCUUAGUACACGAGAUGAAAUAGCCCUUAAAGGAGAUUUUGGUAAACAUCCUCUUACUCCACUCCGUCUACUAUGUCAAGUCAAGCAUCCUGACACAAUUUUAGGAUAUCCUGCAAUGGUGGAAUACUUAGUUGAUAAGUACGCAACUAUUUGGGAUAUACCGCAUAUUCCAGGCGCAUGUUUCUCCGAUGAGACGAAUUCCGAACCCGUGUCCCUUGGUUUAUUACUCUCUGUACUGAAACGUGUUUUAGCGUUUUCACUCAACCCGUUUACUUUCACACAAGGGAUGAUGGCUCAGUUUCAAACCAUUUUGAGUGAUUUUCAUUCGCUGUGUUCCAGCAGAUCACAACUUUCGAAUUUUUUUCGAACAUGGGCUACAAUCAAUAUAAAACAAGUACGUUACUUCUCAACAUACCCAUUGCCUGUGGAAGUUAUUCCUCGUAAACGUUCAAGGGAAAGCUCUGUUGAGGGUGAUCAGGCAAAGAGGUGCUGUACUGAAAAUCCUUCAAUUACGAAUGAGUUGGAAACAGAAGAGCGCUAUACAACGGAGAGGGCUACGAGUGAUCAGGAAUCUACAGCUCCUGUUACUAAUGUAAAAAUGGAAGAUCCCAAAAAUGUUGCACUAACGGUAUGUUUUUUCACUGCACCUACGAAGUUUUUUAACAUAUUUUCCAACCCAGAAAACAUUUAAUGCCUUUCUUAUGCUUUGUCCUAUGACUAUCUGUCACACCACCAGAGAUAUUUGGAAUUCUUUAUGUACGAAGCGUGAUCCGUUGGAUUGAGCAUACAACGUUCUGACGCAGCUCACAUUUUGAUUACUUCAACCUGAACAACCGGUCAUUGUCAUAACUGGCACGCACGUUUUAGAGUAAAAUAGCCUGUGCUGGCAAGUUACACAAAAAUACAAUUCACUAUGCAUAAGCUUCCUAUAGUCUAGAUAUGAUUACGAGUCCCGUAGGCCUAUUCAGCGUAUAUCAUCAAGUUUUCUAGGUAGACUAAUUGAGUCUGUCUAGUAGCACUGAUGGUUAGGGUUACUAACGUUCCUAGUCCUCUCUUACUCAAAAAGCCAAAUUACUGUUUUGGUGCGAACAGUCUCAUUCAGGAAUAUAAAUAUUUGUAGCCUGCCGGACGCAUGCAAAAUAUUACAUGUGAAAAUAUACUACACUCCCAGGAACUCAACAGGAAUGACGCUUUUGUAGGCAAGUAACGUCUUAAUGCCAAUAGGUCUGAUGUUUUGUUCGCCCAAAAACUAACACAUCCCCUAUGGUAGUUCACUUUUAGCUUUAGAAUUAUUGUUUACUUAUAAGAAGGUAAGAGAAUUAACUAUGGACUUCUCGAUGUACGUACAGUGCUAAAUAUUUCAAGAGUUGUAUUCAACAAAAUGCAUGGAUGAAGGUUAAACUAUUUUUAAAAAAGUAAGCGGCACUGCUUCAGCUUAUUUAUGCAAAUAGUAUUGCUGCUUUAUCAAGUGUUUCAGUGUGUAAAUGUAAAUUGGUAUCAGGCGGUGGCAUGGCGGUCGAACAGAAAACGCAACUGAAACGGUGGCAUGUAUUUUCCUGUCAAACGGAACAAGUAAAUCUGAGUAAUCAACUUCAUGAUACGGAAGGGUUAUACAAUAGACCGAUCAGUAGCAAGAUGUUACCAUGCUGGGAAAUUGUUGCUUUUUUAUCACAGCACUAUUAUGGUGCAUACAAAUUUUUAAUCACGGAAAUAGCUUCCGUAGUGUAGUUUCUUGUAUAUAAAUACAUUACAUGUGAACAGUCAUUUUCCUCUUAUUAUUGUUAUUAUUAGUUAUUAUGCUGGUUUGAACAUUUUACUUUUUAUUGCUUUCAUGUUAGUCGAAUCGGUACGUGAAAUGGUGUCCUGGAACGCACUUCGUUCGUAUAAAGGAGAAAGGAGAGGUUGAAAAUGUCAAUGCAAUUGUAAAUGCUCAUUUUAAAAUGAAAACUAAGGAGACAGAUUUUUCAAUGGAAUUACACAAGAACGCGACCAAGUAAUAAUAGUGUGAAAACAAUUUACAGAAGUUUGAGUUUCAAAUACAGAAUUUUUGUGUUAACUGUACGUGCGUUCUUAUCAUCUGUGCAAAUAAUGUGUGUGGAUUUCUUUCAGUGGUGUAAAGAAUUUCUCAGCGGUUAAGUUGGACUAUGAGAAAAAGUUACUGAUGUGACCAAUUCUCAGUUGCACAUAAACAUUUUAUUUGAAAACUCUGUUAUCA